CGGAAAACCCUUUCGCCACUGCCGUUUCCAGACCUUCAAUCUCAAGUUUCAGACAUGGGUCCAAAGAAAGGUGGAAAGCCAGUAGCAACCAAGAAGAAGACGGAGAAGGUGGUGAACCCGUUGUUCGAGAAAAGGCCUAAGCAGUUUGGGAUAGGCGGUGCAUUGCCUCCGAAGAAGGAUGUGCAUAGGUUCGUAAGAUGGCCACAAGUUGUUCGCAUUCAGAGGAAGAGGAGGAUCCUCAAGCAGCGUUUGAAGGUCCCACCUGCCUUGAACCAGUUUACCAAGACCCUCGACAAGAAUCUCGCAACUACUUUGUUCAAGAUGCUGCUCAAGUAUAGGCCUGAGGAUAAAGCUGCAAAAAAGGAACGUCUCCUCAAAAGAGCUCAAGCUGAGUCUGAAGGAAAGACGGCCGAAGCUAAGAAGCCUAUUGUUGUGAAGUAUGGUCUGAAUCACGUCACCUAUCUCAUUGAGCAGAACAAGGCACAAUUGGUUGUCAUUGCUCAUGAUGUGGAUCCCAUCGAGUUGGUUGUUUGGCUUCCUGCUUUGUGCAGAAAGAUGGAAAUUCCUUACUGCAUAGUGAAGGGAAAAUCUCGGCUAGGAGCUAUUGUCCACCAGAAAACCGCAGCAGCUUUGUGCUUGACCACAGUCAAGAACGAAGAUAAGAUGGAGUUUAGCCGAAUUUUGGAGGCCAUCAAGGCCAAUUUCAAUGACAAAUAUGAGGAGUAUAGGAAGAAGUGGGGUGGUGGAAUAAUGGGUUCCAAAUCCCAGGCCAAAACAAAGGCUAAGGAGAGGGUUCUGGCCAAGGAGGCUGCUCAGAGGUUGACAUAGAUGGAAAGAAAGAUCCCUUUGAUCAUGUAAUGUCUGCUGCAUUUGAGAGUUUUGCAUUUAGAAACUUUUCUUCCUUUUUUUGUUUUGUUUUUUAGAACCCUAUUAAGCUUUUGGAAGUUAAAAUACUUGGCUUAUUUCACUGUCAACUUGUUCAAUUUUGGUCUCC